AAGCAAAGUCUCCGGGCGUCGUGAUCAAUGUGCGAGGUGUGCGGUGAUGUGAUCAUGCGCGUCAUGUCACGAUCUGACCUUAGCUUAUCUGCACCUUAAACCCUUAAACUCUCUACUAACGCACUCUUGAUCCAUCUCGAGCAGAUUACCGAUAGAUUGGAUUGAAGAGAUCAUUAUCUAGCUUCUACUCCAUUGUACACCUCCAUUUCGUCCGAUACAGCGUCUCACUUAUUAUCGAAGAACCUCACAUAAUGAAGUGCAUCGGCAUCUUCCCUGGCUCGGGAGGUCUAGGUGGCAGCACCUACGAUUACCUCUUGAAACUUCUUCCCAGCGACCACAUCAUCCUCAUCAACCGUCAUCCGGAACGAGUUCCCCAAGAACACAUCAAGAACGGCCUCCGCGCACGCAAGGCGUCAUACGAGUCGAGCCCCUCCGAUCUUGAGGCUGCGUUUGCCGGCAUCGAGGUGCUCUUCCUCAUUUCCUACCCAAGUCAUGUGCACGAGUACCGCAAAAAGGUUCAACUACCAGUCGUCGAUGCAGCUCGUCGCGCAGGCGUGAAACACCUUUUUUACAGCUCCCUAGCCUUCGGCGCCGACCUACAAGAUGAAUCCGUAGCGGAGGUAAUGCAGGCCCACCUCUCGACGGAGCGCCACCUAGCCUCCGUCGCGGCCUCGGACCCUGGCUUCACAUACACAUCCAUCCGCGAGGGUCUCUACUCAGAAUCGUACCCAAUCUACACAUCCUUCUUCGACAUCAACUCUCCCUCCGCCUCGAAUGAGAUCCUCAUCCCGCACGACGGCACCGGCCCGGGCGUGGCAUGGGCGAAGCGCAGCGAGUUGGGAGAGGCGACAGCGAAACUUAUCGCGCAGUAUUCCUGGGACCCGGACCAAUUCCCUCACGUCAAUAAAAAGGUCCUACUUACCGGUCCGCGGGUCUGGUCUCUUGAGGAGACGGUGAGGGUACUUAGGCGGACUGUCGGGAGGGACGUGAGGAUCCGCGAGGUGAGCGUGGAUGAGUACGUGAAGCUGCCGCAGGUUUUGGCGAAGUUCGGGUCGGUGGAGAAGGCGAGGACGUGGGCGACGGCGUGGGAGGCGAUUCGGGCGGGGGAGACUUCUGUUGUCUCAGAGACGUUGAAGGAGAUUAUCGGGCGGGAUCCGGAGGAGUUUGAUGUCACGAUACAGAGGUUGAAGCAAUAAUGAGGGUAGGGAGGUGGUCUGGAGUGAUUCUUUCGAUGACCUAAGAUGGGAUGACAGAUGCGCAUGGCUUUGCGAGCGUCAUGUGGGCUGCGACAAAUGGCUAGCCGUUCCCGAAUAUCGACUCUGGGAUUGCCGUGGCCACGGGGUGGAGGGGAUCGCGCACAGGACUUUGGACGGACAUUUCUGUGCGGCGUUUCGUCGAGCCAAGUGCAAGCCAGGUGAUUGUCGGACAACACAGAGACUGAGGCUGGGGGUAAGAAAGGCUUGGCCUUGGGCUUGAAGGGAAGAGAAGGAUACAGAGAGGAGGGUAGAGGAGGGCA